AUGGAGACAAGUUAAAUUUAUUAAGAAUAAAAAUUUGGUUAGCGAUCUCCACAAAAACACUAAGUUGAAAAAUCAAUAAACCAAAUUUCCUAUCAAGAGUUAGAAACUCUAAAAUUAGUUGAAAUCAUCCCUAAAACAUAAAUUUGUUAUGAAAAGAUAGUGCUCACUGAUUCAUAUGCUGUUCUACUGACUUUUCAUACUUUUACAAUACAAUUUGGAAAUUUCAUAAGAAAUUUGAAUUUUGAAGAAACAACUUAAUUAAUGCAUUUGGAAUCUAUUGAUAUGAUCGCUAAAUAUAUUUGCGAAAAUCUUUAGAUUAAUAAAAAUGAAAACAUAAAUAUCAACAUUGGUCAACAUCAAGAACAAUUUUAAAAAUAUUCAAUUCCAUCUACUCCUACUAUAGUGUAUUCGGAGGAUUUGGGUAUGAUUGAUAUUCAAUAUCCGAGAUUAUCAGCUUACUUUUAGGAUUCAGCGUAAAGUGAAGAUAUCUAUCUAACAAAUUCAGAUGUUUUGCAUUUAAUUGGAAAUAAAUUUUGCACAAUUUAAUAAUAUGUAUUAAUUAUCAUUUAGCAUAGUGUUAAAGGAUCAAUUUUGGAAAACAGAGAACUUACAUUAGACAAUUUCAUAAUUUGAGGAUUAAAGAAGUAGGGAUUGACAUAUAUGAUCAAAGCACUUUAAAACAAUUAUAAAUUAAACAAGCAAGUAAAUUAAGAUUAAUUAUAAGAAUGCUUAAUCGAUCUCAAUAAAAAAUGUUUAAAACAAGUGUGCGAAAUUGAUUCCAAUUAUGUAAUUUUAACAUUACAUCCACCUCAGCUAAUCUUGAAAUAACUCAAAAAAACAAUCUUCAGACAUAAUUUCACUCUUUUAGAAUUUUUACAACUCUGUUACAUGUUAUAGAAGGUUUAAUUAGAAACUUUCUUAAUAAUGAUAAAAUUAUAAAAAUAAGAUGGAAAGUAUAGGUUUGUGUAUGAUUUAAAUGAAUUCCCAUUAUCCAAUGAAUUAAGUUAAUCAUGCCUUAGGAAUGGGUUACAAGCUAAGAUUAAUAAGUCAAUUAAACAUGAUUUACAUUAUUUUAAAUUAGAAUAUGUGCCAUUCAAAAUAAUAAUCUAUGAUCCUUUAGAAGUGAAAGAAUCUGAGAUGCCCAUAGACUUUAAUUUGCUUGAAUAGAUAAUUAUUCAUAAAUUAAAUGUAGAAUUUAAGAUUUAUUGA